ACCCAACGUUAGAUCUCAGUCAAUACGGCCACUGGCAUCCUGUCUCUCUCCCUCGCACAGACGUACGUAUCUCCUCCUUUUCCUCCCUUUCGGACAAAAUCCCUUCAGGUUCUCUCCUUCCUCCAUCUCUCUCCGCCCCCUCUUUUUCUCUUUCUUACCUCCAAUGGCGUCGGAAUCGCGUCAGAGACUAUGAGGAGAUCCGGAGCCCGGAGCUACGGCCCCGCCAUCCUUUCCUCUAAAAUCUUGACCCCAAACCCCGACUCCGAUCUCCCUCCGCCGCGGAAGCUUCACAAGCUCCGCCGCGCCACGAAUCCCAUUUUUCCCAGCGCCGCCGCCGGAGCCCGGUCCAGGAGGGACGGCGGCGCCUCCGGCGGGAGAAGGAGUGGCCCCGCGACUCCCCUCCUCCGCUGGAAUUUCGACGACGCGGACCGGUCUGCCGAGCAUCCGUCGGAGUUCGGCUGCGGGAAGGCCCAAAGGAAGCACCAGAAUGCCGCCGGAGAAGCGGUGCCGGUCGUCUCGGCGAGGAAGCUUGCCUCUGCGCUAUGGCAGCUCCAGCUCCCGGAGGCUAGCAGUGGCUCCAGGGAAAGCAGGCGAGCUCGGCUAGGGUUUGAGGCUAAUUUCGCGCAUCUACAUGUACCUUAUGUCUGUGAUCCCAAUGUAACAAGCCUUCAUACCAACACAAAGAACGAGCUAUCUAGUCCCAUUUCUAUCCAUGAUCCAAAGAAUGACAUUGUUCAGAAGCUUGAGGCUUCUGCUGCAUUAUCCAAUUGUGCGAUGGAGAGAGCAACUAAAUGGGACCCUGGGUGCGGAAAGGCAUCGGAUAAGGUCUACAGAUUUUAUGGUCACCCGAAGCUUCUCGAAGAUCAGCAGCUGACUACUGUUUCUGUUGUCUCUGCUCUUCAAGCGGAGCUUGAGCAGGCUCGUAAUCGUAUUAGUGAGCUUGAGGCUGAGCGGCGGUCAGCAAAGAAAAAGCUUGACCACUUCCUGAGGAAGCUUGCAGAGGAGAAGGCAUCAUGGCGAAAGCGAGAGCAUGAGAAGAUAAGAGCUGUAAUGGAUGCCAUGAAGGAUGACAUGAACAGAGAGAGAAAAAACCGGCAGCUGAUGGAGAUCAUGAACUCCAAGCUGGUCAAUGAACUUGCUGAGGCUAAGUUAUCCGGCAAGCGAUGCUUGCAAGAUUAUGAAAAGGAAAGGAAGGCUCGAGAGCUUAUGGAGGAGGUAUGUGAUGAGCUGGCAAAGGAGAUUGGAGAAGACAAGGCGGAGGUUGAAGCUCUGAGGAGGGAAUCUAUGAAGAUUCAUGAGGAAGUCGAGGAAGAGAGGAAGAUGUUGCAGAUGGCAGAGGUUUGGCGUGAAGAGAGGGUACAGAUGAAGUUGGUAGAUGCCAAGUUGAUGCUUGAGGAGAAGUAUUCUCAGCUAAGCAAGCUGCAAAAAGAUCUUGAGGCUUUUCUCAAAGAGCGAAGCAGUAAUCAUCCAGAUGUGGCAGAGUUAAAAGAAGCAGAGAUGCUUAGGGAGGCAGCCAACUCUCUUAAGGUUCAAGAUGUUAGGGAGUUCUCGUACCAGCCUCCUCCUGCUUCAGAGGACAUUUUCUCUGUCUUUGAGGAACUCCAGCCAAGAGAAGAAACUAACGAGAGAGAGAUCGAGCAAUGUUAUGGAUACAGUCCUGCAAGCCGUGCCUCCAAUGUCCAGACGGAAAGCCCUGAGACUGAUGUGUUUCUAGAAAAACCGACAAAGAGAUACGCGAAUGGGAUAAUUGAGAGCAAUAGGGAUAUGGAAGAUGAUAGUGACUGGGAAACAGUGAGCCAUGUCGAGGAGCAAGGAUCUAGUAAUUCACCAGAAGGGAGUGACCCAUCUGUGAAUGGCAUAUAUCGAGAAAGCAAUGCUUCAGUUAGUGGAACAGAUUGGGAUGAGAAUGGAGAUAAUGGCAAGUUAAAUAGUGAAAUCAGUGAGGUUUGUUCUGCAACCACGAGACAGUCCAGGAAGAAAGCAUCUUCAAUUUCUAGACUGUGGAGGUCUUCAUGCCCAAAUAGCGGCGAAAACUAUACAAAAAUUUCGUUUGAGGUGACAAAUGGAAGGCUGCCAGAUGAUAGGAAAUCUAAUGCUGCUCUGUCUCCUGACAGAAAGUCAGGUGAAGGGGGUCUAAGCUCACCCAGCGUAGGGCAGUGGAGCUCCCCUGACUUAUUGAACCCUCAUAUAACUCGAGGAGGAAUGAAAGGAUGCAUUGAAUGGCCAAGGGGAACACAGAAGCACAGCUUGAAGGCAAAGCUUCUAGAGGCAAGAAUGGAGAGCCAGAAGGUUCAACUGCGCCAUGUUCUUAAACAAAAGAUUUAGCACGACCAUCAUUUUGCAAGUGAAUUAUCUGUUCUGAUCACACUAGGCUGUUGUGGGCUGGAUCGAAGUACCCAGAAUAUUGACUUUGUUGGUUCAUCAAGACAUGCCAUCCAAGGAUGCUACAGUUAUUGAGGUGAACUCCAACAGUCCAUCAGAAAUCUGAGAGCAGGGCACGGGCUAUUGGACUAUACUUUUCUCUAUCCUCAAGCUUCUGGUAAGAAUCCUUGGAACCAUGUCCUGAUGACAUCCUUUUUAUGUAAUCUUCUUUCAUGAACCCAUAUUUAUCUCAACAAUGAUGAAUGUUUCGGUAGCUGUAGAGAUACAUAAAUCUUCUUAUCAAGCAAGAAAAAGUUAGCAUUUAUUGAAUCUAUAAUGUGCUAUAUCUGCAUCUCAAAGUAAAUUAUGAAGACUCUGUGGCAACAUCCUUGAAUUGAAU